GAUAGCUUUAAAGGUAUUCGUAAUCGGGAAACCAAGUCAAAUGGAAUUGGUUUGCCCAAGUCAGAAUCAUCCAGGGAUUUAUCUUUGUUGCAAGAUUUUAAAGAAGCCGACAAACCACUGUCAGCUAACGAGACGCACUCUGUUCAGCACCCACGACGACCUGCUAUUAAUCAGAAAAAGUACUACUCUUUAGUGUCCCCUGUUCUACGCUUAUUACGGGGCGAGGACUCCAGUUCCGAUAGUGAUUCUUCAUCAGACACGGACAAGAGCGAAUCGCAAAUCAUGUGCGACACUUUAAAUCCAGCGCUUCCUUCAGAAGUGAAAACUCGAUGCAAUCCAUGUCAUCAGUCACCAGAAGCUGAUAGUCUAAGUGACGAUUUCGAGGACCUAUACUCUCAAUUAGCUAAACUUGGCUUACCGUCGGCUUUCGGUUCGACUAAGAAGCCGGAGCCCUAUACCAACUGUUCGUAA